AUGGCAGCCCGUAACCCCGGUCCGACGCUUCAGGCAGCGCCAUUAGGAUUGCCAACCUUCCGCCGCAGGAAUCUUAAAGAUCAUAUGGCCAGGUUGGCCUUCAAAGAUUCGGAGGUGAAUACUAGGGUCUACAAAGUAGUGUAUGAAAAUCUCGGUGUAUUCGGUCGUAUAGAUGCCAAUAAAAUGGUCGGAAAGAAUAGGAUCAGGAAUAGGGAUAUACAAGUUGGGCAUGCCAAUGAAGUGAAGAGAUCGAGCACGAUGAUCAAGACUGCAUACUGA